AUGCAAAACUCAUUUCAGCUUAAACCCAAUCAUAUUGACUGAUCUGUGUGAAUUAUUUGAGUUUAUCAUAACUCUCUCUAGCUAAUGAAGAACGUACCAUGUCUUUUCUUAUGAUUGCUUAUUCUGCUUCAAUUACACCUUUAGGGCUGCUAUAUAUAUAUAUAUCAUUCAUUAGUUCAGACUUGAGAGUCAAUUUGAAAUAUAUAAAUUUGGCUGUAUAUCUGAAAUGCUUUAAAGCUUGUAAAGGGUUGUUCUGAUAAAUGCUUCUCCUUCACAUUCAUUCUCAGAAUUGCAUAAUCCUGCUUAAUGAAGAACCCCCACCUUCUCCUUUCAUUGUUUAGAUGUCAAUGUGAUUUCUUCUUGUGUGUACUGUUUCAGGUAAUUCCUUAAAGACAAAUAAACCAUGAAGCAGCAGUCUCUAAUCAAUUAUUAUUCAUCUGAGUGUAGUACUGUUAACGUUAAGACAACUGAGAAUGCAUACAUGGUGACUGGCUUGAGUAUCUAUGGUGUUGAAGACGGUGACACAGUAAUACCUUUCUUGGAUACAUAGCAGUACAUGGGCGUCGAUUCGACCUUAGGCACAUUUCUUUCUUAUUGAACUACAAGAUUUGUUGAAAUUUCGUAUUUAGGGAAGUAAAAAACAAAACAAAAAAGGUGCUAGAAGUAUUGUAAUGGGGUUGCCUCAGCUGUCGUCAAGCAAGAUUGCUGAUGAAGUUGUCUGGCCAUUGAGCACGUUUGUUGUGCAGACUCCACCUCGAUAUAUGAAUUUGAAUGGCUGUGAUUCGAGUGGAGGACAUACUAGCAGUUAUACAGGUUCAGAUACUCUCAACUUACACCAAGAUGGGACUGGCAACAACAUUCAAAGGCUUAAGAUUGAUGCCAAUACUGAGAAAAAUGUUCAUAUCCCGACAUCAAGAAUCCUGGGAUUCAAACCAAGAGAAUCAGACCAAUCUAGCAAUGCAUUUGAGAAUGGAAUACAGAACAACUGCACAUUGGUAAGAAAAAGGUUAUUGUCUCCUUUAAAUGGUAUGCUCCAGCAAGAUCAAUUCAAUGGUGAGUCUGUAGACAUUGGUGAUAGUAAUAUUCAAAAGAGUGGUUUGAAUAAGAUAUUUAUUCUUAAAGAACAUAAAAAAGCUCAUACUGGUGAAUCAAAUUGUUUUGGUUCCUUUAAUGGGUUGAACUCAACAAGAUUAUUUACUGAUGUCCCUGAGGUUGAGAAUAAUAAUGUAUCUCAUCAAAAGACAAAUCUUUCUCCACUAGAAAUCAAGCCAAUAUCAAUUACACCAAAAAAAUGGGUAUCCUCUUCUUUAUCGUCGUCUCCUCUAGGUCCAAAAUUCUCUAGGAAAACAAAUACUUCGUCUGGUGGCCAUGAUGACAACAAUGGCUUAACUUUAAGAGAUGUAGAAGAGUCUCUCGUCGGAAUAGUCCAUGGUUCUAGACAUGUGAGCAAAUCGUUAGAAGAUAUUCACCUUUUUAACCCUGAAAGAGCCAAAGCAGUAUCAGGGAAUUGGUGUUGGGAUCAAACUUCCACUCCAUCAUGUGCCAAGUUUGUCCGAAGUUUAUCAGGUUUAUCGGUUAGAAGGUCUUUGAUCGGUUCUUUUGAGGAGUCAUUAUUAUCAGGUCGUUUAGCCUCUGGCGUAGCCAAUCAGAAAAUUGAUGGAUUCCUUGCGGUUCUCAACAUUACUGGAGGGAGUUUCUCGUUAAAUCCUCAAAAGCUUCCGUUUGCUGUGAACACCGUGGACAGUGAUAACUGUUUACUGUACUAUUCAUCAAUAGAUCUUGGAGGGCAUCUCUCAUUGGAGAAAUGUAGAGGUCCAAAGAUGAGAAGGAGUCUCAGCUUCGAGGACCCUAAAGCUGAAAAGGCCCGUUUGAGAAUACCUAUGAAAGGCUGCAUCCAAUUGGUUCUUAGCAAUCCCGAGAAGACACCAAUACACACAUUCCUUUGUAAAUAUGACUUGAGCGACAUGCCAGUUGGUACAAAGACAUUUCUACGCCAGAAAACAAUUCUAGCAUCUCCCAUAGAAGUUUCUAUACCAGUUAGCAGGGGACAGGGCAAUGCUAAUGCAAAAGGCAAAAUGGAUAUCUUUGAUUCGGACACAAUAUCAAAUUGCUUUAAUGGUAAGAAGAAAACAGUUCAUAAAGAGGACAUGAAUGAAUGUCUAACAGAUGGAGAGAGUCAAACAAGACAAUCUACAGUUCUACGUUAUGCUCUUCACCUCCGGUUCUUAUGCCUAAAUUCAAAGAAAUGUUCGAGGGCAAUGAUGAAGUGCAAAGCAGGUACAGGAAAAGUGGGAAAUGAAGUAGAUAGGAGGUUCUACAUGUACAAUGAUAUGAGGGUGGCAUUCCCUCAACGUCAUUCAGAUGCAGAUGGUGGGAAGUUGAAAGUUGAAUAUGACUUCCCUUCUGAUCCCAAGUAUUUUGAUAUCUGAUUAUCAUCUAAGGUCUAUCUCCUCUUCCUCAAGAGUUAAGUCUGUUGUUUUUGUACAUGUCCUACAUUUGUAUGUUGUACAUUUGACCUUUCUUCUUCAUCCUUUGUAUAGAUUUCAUCUCAAUAAGAAAAAAAGGGAAACCUGUUUCUUUUUA